GACUCGGCCACGCGGGGAGCGGGUGCGAGUGCUCGGGCUGGUCGCGGAGGCCGGGAGAGGGGCCUGGGUCGGCUUGGAACCGAGCCUGAACCGCGAAGCCCGGACUGCAGGGGAGGGAGACGCCGAGCCUUAGCUGCAAGCCCACCCGGCCCCCAGGUUUGCCAGCAGCGGAGCUUGGGGCAGCUGCUCGCCUGGGAGCCUCGUUUUCCUUACCGUGACUGGCCAUGUCACUGUCCCACUUGUACCGGGAUGGGGAUGGCCACAUGGAUGAUGACGAGGAUGAGAGAGAGAACUUUGAGAUCACUGACUGGGAUCUGCAGAAUGAGUUCAACCCCAACCGCCAGCGGCAUUGGCAGACCAAGGAAGAGGCCACCUACGGAGUGUGGGCAGAGCGGGACUCGGAUGAAGAGAGGCCCAGCUUUGGAGGCAAACGGGCCCGCGACUACUCUGCGCCAGUCAAUUUCAUCAGUGCGGGGCUCAAGAAAGGGGCAGCAGAGGAGGUGGAGCUGGAAGAUUCUGACGAUGAAGAGAAACCUGUUAAGCAGGAUGAAUUUCCUGCUAAGGAUUUUGGACCAAAGAAGUUAAAAACGGGUGGUAAUUUCAAACCCAGCCAGAAAGGUUUUGCAGGAGGAGCCAAGUCGUUCAUGGAUUUUGGCAGCUGGGAAAGACACACAAAAGGAAUUGGACAGAAGCUUCUGCAGAAGAUGGGCUAUGUCCCUGGAAGGGGCCUCGGGAAGAACGCACAGGGUAUCAUUACCCCAAUUGAAGCCAAACAGAGAAAAGGAAAAGGUGCUGUGGGAGCUUAUGGCUCAGAACGGACCACUCAGUCCCUGCAGGACUUCCCUGUGGUUGACUCCGAAGAAGAGGCAGAAGAGGAGUUUCAGAAGGAGAUGAGCCAGUGGAGGAAGGACCCCAGCGGAAGCAAGAAGAAGCCCAAAUACUCUUACAAGACAGUGGAAGAGUUGAAGGCCAAGGGCAGGAUUAGCAAGAAGCUCACCGCUCCCCAGAAGGAGCUUUCUCAGGUCAAGGUGAUAGACAUGACCGGCCGGGAGCAGAAGGUCUACUACAGCUACAGCCAGAUCAGCCACAAGCACAACAUCCCCGAUGACGGGCUGCCACUGCAGUCACAGCAGCUGCCACCACCCGGCAAAGAGGCCAAGGCCCCGGGCUUCGCGCUGCCGGAGCUGGAGCACAACCUGCAGCUGCUCAUCGACCUCACGGAGCAGGAGAUCAUCCAGAACGACCGGCAGCUGCAGUACGAGCGGGACAUGGUGGUCAACCUGUCCCACGAGCUGGAGAAGAUGUCAGAGGUCCUGGAGCACGAGGAGCGGGUCAUCUCCAACCUCAGCAAAGUCCUGGAGAUGGUGGAGGAGUGCGAGCGACGCAUGCAGCCCCACUGCAGCCAUCCCCUCACCCUGGACGAGUGCGCCCACAUCUUCGAAACCCUGCAGGACAAGUACUACGAGGAGUACCGGAUGUCUGACCGCGUGGACCUUGCCGUGGCCAUUGUCUACCCGCUCAUGAAGGAGUACUUCAAGGAGUGGGAUCCCCUCAAAGACUGCACUUACGGCACCGAGAUCAUCUCCAAAUGGAAAAGCCUCCUGGAGAAUGACCAGCUCCUGUCCCACGGGGGGCAGGACCUCUCGGCAGAUGCGUUUCACAGGCUGAUAUGGGAAGUCUGGAUGCCUUUUGUUCGAAAUAUUGUCAACCAAUGGCAACCAAGGAACUGUGAGCCGAUGGUGGACUUCUUGGAUAGCUGGGUGCACAUCAUCCCCGUGUGGGUCUUAGAUAACAUACUGGACCAGCUCAUCUUCCCCAAGCUGCAGAAGGAGGUGGAAAACUGGAACCCACUGACGGACACUGUCCCCAUCCACUCUUGGAUCCACCCGUGGCUUCCCCUCAUGCAGGCGCGCCUGGAGCCUCUGUAUUCCCCCAUCCGCAGCAAGCUGUCCAACGCCCUGCAGAAGUGGCAUCCCAGCGACUCCUCUGCCAAGCUCAUCCUCCAGCCCUGGAAAGAUGUCUUCACCCCUGGCUCCUGGGAAGCAUUCAUGGUCAAGAAUAUUGUGCCAAAGCUGGGGAUGUGUCUCGGAGAGUUAGUCAUUAACCCCCACCAGCAGCACAUGGAUGCUUUUUAUUGGGUCAUCGACUGGGAAGGGAUGAUCUCCGUCUCCAGCCUGGUGGGGCUUCUUGAAAAGCACUUCUUCCCUAAAUGGCUUCAGGUGCUAUGCUCCUGGCUCAGUAACAGCCCAAAUUAUGAGGAGAUCACCAAGUGGUACCUGGGCUGGAAGUCCAUGUUCUCAGACCAAGUGCUGGCACACCCAUCCAUCAAGGACAAGUUCAAUGAAGCCCUUGAUAUCAUGAACAGGGCAGUGUCCUCCAACGUUGGUGCCUACAUGCAGCCUGGAGCACGAGAGAACAUCGCCUACCUCACCCACACGGAGCGGAGGAAGGACUUCCAGUACGAGGCCAUGCAGGAGCGCCGGGAGGCUGAGAACAUGGCCCAGAGGGGCAUUGGCGUGGCCGCCAGCUCCGUGCCCAUGAACUUUAAGGACCUCAUUGAGACCAAGGCUGAGGAGCACAACAUCGUCUUCAUGCCUGUCAUUGGGAAGCGACACGAAGGGAAGCAGCUGUACACCUUCGGCCGCAUUGUCAUCUACAUUGACAGGGGGGUGGUGUUUGUCCAGGGUGAGAAGACCUGGGUGCCCACCUCCCUGCAGAGCCUGAUUGACAUGGCCAAGUAGGCUGCGGCAGGCCCAGGGCGGCGGGCACCUGCCCCAGAGGGGCACAUUUCUGACUAAAUGAUAUUUUAAACCAUCUU